AUGAACCAACGAGAUGAAGAAGCAAGACAGUUGGGUUACAUUGAAUUUCCAUUAUUCUUUGUCUGGAACAAGAAUCCUAAAGAAUGGACUAAACGUAAAAGGAAUACAGCUGUUGGGCGAAUCCAUUUUGUUUCACCAGGUUCGGGUCAACUAUUUUAUCUAAGGCUGCUACUAACCAAGGUUAAAGGUCCUACAAGUUUUGAGGAUAUAAAAACUAUAGAUGGAGUUUUGUACCCGAGCUUUCAAGAUGCAUGUUAUGCUUUAGGCCUCCUAGACGACGACCAGGAGUAUAUUGAUGCUAUCAAGGAAGCUAGCAAUUGGGGAUCAGCCGAUUACCUGCAACUAGAGUUAUCGGAAGCCCAGGUAGAGAAUCUAGCAUUGCUUGAAAUCGAGAAGCUUCUACGGUCAAAUGGGAAUAGUCUAAAUAACCAUCCUUCAAUGCCAAAACCUCAGAACAAUAAUGUUCCAUCUUCACUACUGACAUCACUAACAGAUGAACAAAGGAAUGUUUAUGAUCGUAUAGUGGCUUCUGUAGAAUCUAGAGCUGGAGGUGUUUAUUUUGUUAAUGGGUUUGGACGUACUGGAAAGACUUAUCUUUGGAAGACUUUGUCCACGUACAUCAGAUCCAAAGGAGAAAUUGUCAUUAAUGUAGCUUCCAGUGGAAUGGCAGCUUUGCUGUUAGAUGGAGGACGAACUGCUCAUUCACAACUAGAGUUAUCGGAAGCCCAGGUAGAGAAUCUAGCAUUGCUUGAAAUCGAGAAGCUUCUACGGUCAAAUGGGAGUAGUCUAAAUAACCAUCCUUCAAUGCCAAAACCUCAGAACAAUAAUGUUCCAUCUUCAGUAAAUAGACUGAUUUGUGAAGAAAGGUGUUAUAACCGAGCUUUAUGCGCUGAAAAACAUCAACAGCUACUGACAUCACUAACAGAUGAACAAAGGAAUGUUUAUGAUCGUAUAGUGGCUUCUGUAGAAUCUAGAGCUGGAGGUGUUUAUUUUGUUAAUGGGUUUGGAGGUACUGGAAAGACUUAUCUUUGGAAGACUUUGUCCACGUACAUCAGAUCCAAAGGAGAAAUUGUCAUUAAUGUAGCUUCCAGUGGAAUGGCAGCUUUGUUGUUAGAUGGAGGACGAACUGCUCAUUCACGUUUCUCAAUACCCAUACAGCUAAACGAAAGUUCUUUCUGCAAUUUUACGCCUGGUAGUGAGCUGGCUGAGCUACUAUUGGAAUCCAAGUUGAUAAUCUGGGAUGAAGCACCGAUGUUACAUAGGCAUUGUUUUGAGGCUUUUGAUAGAAGUAUGAGAGAUAUCUCACGAGCAGCAAAGGUCCCUAAUGCUGAUAAUCCGUUUGGUGGGAAGACGGUUGUCUUUGGAGGUGAAUUUCGCCAAGUGUUGCCUGUUAUUCCUAAAGGGAGUAUGGGGCAAAUUGUUCAAGCUUCUCUUACUUCUUCGGUGUUGUGGCGCUAUUGUACUGUACUUUCUUUAACAAAAAAUUUGAGGCUAUCAGUGGAUGCAGACCCUGCGGAGAAUGAAUCCAUCAAAGAAUUUUCAGAAUGGAUUUUGAAACUAGGAGAUGGAAAGCUAUCAGAACCAAACAAUGGUGAAGCUGAGAUCAAUAUACCAAGUGAUGUGCUUCUUAUGGACUCACAUGAUCCUAUAGCUUCAAUCACCAAAGCCAUUUAUCCAUCAUUGGUUCAAAAUCUAACAGAAGAAUCAUUCUUUAAAGACCGUGCAAUACUUUGUCCUACUAAUGACGUUGUCGAGGAGGUCAAUAAUCACAUUAUGGAUCUUCUCCCUGGAGAGUCAAAGGAAUACUAUAGCUCAGACAAAAUCUGCCCUUCUGAUACUACUACGAUCAGAGAUAAUAAUGUCUCGGUUGAAUUUCUAAAUUCAAUAAAAUGUUUUGGAUUACCAAACCAUGUUCUGAAGCUGAAGAAAGGAGUUCAUGUGAUGCUUUUAAGGAACAUUGAUCAGAAAAAGGGUUUGUGCAAUGGUACAAGAUUGCAAAUAACUAAGAUGGGAGAACAUGUUCUGGAAGCACGUGUCAUUACUCAAAUCGAAAGCGGUGAUUCAGACAAAAAAGUCUUUAUUGCAAGAAUGUUGCUCACACCUACGGAUGUGAAAUUGCCUUUUCAGUUUCAAAGGAGACAAUUUCCAAUAUCUUCUUGCUUUGGAAUGACCAUUAACAAGAGCCAAUGUCAGAGUUUAUCUCAUGUAGGAAUCUAUUUGCCAAGACCGGUUUUUACUCAUGGUCAACUUUAUGUUGCUGUGUCAAGAGUUAAAAGUAGAAAAGGUCUAAAGAUCUUAAUUGUUAAUGGAGAGGGGAAAAGGGAUUCCAAAACGACGAAUGUUGUUUUCAAGGAGAUAUUCCAGAAAGUCAGACCUUCAUAA